AUGGUUGCUGCAUUCGAGUUACAGGAGAACGAAUGGAUUUGGGCAACGUACGAGAAGAGGGUACAUUGGAAAAAUGUGUAUUUGUGUGAUACGUUUUGUGCUGGGUUGAGAACGACGUCAAGAUGCGAGGGAAUUAAUGCAUCACUUAAAAGGUUUAUCAAGUCCUCAAAUUGCUUGUUGGAGUUGGUGGAGAAUCUUGAAUGUGUAGUUAAGGACUACAGGAAUAAUGAGUUUAUUGCGGAUUACAAAUCUCUAUAUUCAGAACCGGUCAUAACUACUGGACUGGAAUCAAUUGAGAGGGCCAUGUCUCAAAUCUACACCAGAGAGAUAUUCUUCGAGGUCAAGAAACAGAUCGAAGGGGUGGCUGCGUUGAUAGUUCUUCAUAGGGAGAGUUAUGGUAGCACAGAGAAGUUCAUGUUUAGAAAGUUUCUUAAACCUCGUCAGGUUUACUCUGUACUAUAUGAAAGCAAGAAAGAUAGUGAAGAUAUUUUGGAUCCAAAGAUUAUCAAGUCAAAAGGUGCACCGCGAUCAACCGGCAACGACAAAAUGGCUAGGUGGUGCAGGCGUUGCCACGGUUUUAGACAUGAUCGAUGA